UAUUAUCUUAUAUAAUGCCAAGGUAGUCUCUAUAGGCUAAGUGUACUUAGGCUUGCUCGUCGGGGCCGGGCAGUGGGGGAAUUUUGAAAUGUCCCAAUAGUAACUCUAGUCCGGUGGCACAGGUCGAGGCACAAGCUCCAGGCUGACGAGUCGAAGUCAAUUCACUAUCUGGUUUGUUUGAGUACAAACAGAGGUCAUCAGCGGCUGACUGUUUCUUCAGGGUCGAAGUUCAGUCCUGUCGACGAUUGCUGAGACGUUCGCUCACUCCGACGAUCACGAUGGAAGGUGUGCAGAAGUUUUCGGGGAAAUGGAAGCAGUACCAGGCUGAAAGCCUUGAAGACUUCAUGAAAGAAAUGGGUAUGAACUUCAUGGUGCGGAAAUUGGCCCGUACAGCCAACCCGGAGAUGACGAUAGAGAUCGCUGACGGCGUGAUGACGAUUAGCACGACCGCCGGCUUCAUGUCCCGAGUUAACAAGCUCAAACUAGACGCGGAGAGUCAGAUGGAGGACGAAGGUGUCCUCAUGAACUACACGGCAAAUAUGGAGGAUGGGAAGCUGAUAACGACCCAGGAACCGGUGGAUAAGAAGAGGAAGAAAGUGACCGUCUACAGAGAGAUUACAGACAGCGGGGAUCUUCUACAGACAAUGUGCAUAGGCGAUGUCGUAUGUAAGCGGUGGUUCAAACGGCUUGAGUGAUCUUGAAUACUGUGACUUUUUUACACCUCAUACAUACCUGGACUAGUUGAUUGUGAUCACCAUUGUAACAUGUACAUAGACUGAAUGAUUGUGCGUUAUCUCCCUUGUCAAGAAGACAAGUUUGAGGCUGUGUGGAGUUAUUCCCCUUGACUGGCGCCGCCUGCUAUCUGUACUCCAUGUAUUUCCACGGGGCACCGUGUACCGAAUAGAACUUCUGUCCACUUCACGACUUUACUAUAGAUGCAUUUUGUGAAGAAAUUUCAACUUUUCUUCCAGUUGCGUGGAAGUCUCAUUAAUUUGUUUAUUCUGCAGACCUAAAUGUUGUUUGCCACGUCAUUAAUGGGUCCCCCGGAAGAAGUUAUGACUUAUUAGAGAGAGAAAUGAAUCUUCAUUUCCGCAAUGAC